AUGCACGCCAACAGCAACAACAGCAUCGCGCUGUCAGCGCCUUCCACCGCAGUGCUCAUCACGGCAGCGGCGCUGCUUGCCGUGCUGAGCUCUGUCUUGCGCAUUCUCGCUCGCUUUGCAACUGCUUCCAGUAACCCAGCAGCCCCAAAGCAGCACGACGACGAUGAUUCUGGCGAUGAGGACCAUGUGGAGGAGGAAGAGGAGGAAGGCGAGCCUGUGAGAUAUGCCGUAAACGCGCUGAGUUCGGAAGAGUACGAGAAACAAGGCGCACAGUACACACUGCGCUGCUUGGCCGAGCUACGCCAGCAGCUGUUCGAUACAAAUCGUCGGCGCGCUGCCAUCACACGCCUGAGCCCUUCUACUUCGUUCCCUUUUAUUCAGUUCAUCAAUGGCAAGAUGGACAUUGCAGAGGAACACAUUCGAAACAGCUCAUCGCACAAAAAGACACGAGAACAAGCGUCUGUGCAGCGAGCUCCUUCACCAGCUGCCACAUCCAGUAGCGGUACGAAUCCUCUCCUGUGUGACUCCGACACCAGCACCAACAACAACACUUUCGGUCAGAACACUCGCACGUGGCAGUUGCCAUCGCAAUCAACCGUCCUCGACACGCUUGCGCUCGCUGGUGUGAGCGCCUUGACUAUCCAGGCGCCGGAGGUGGUGCAGAAUGUGAUGAGAUGGCUGUUGAGACAGCCCAUCGCACAGGCCAUCAUCACCGCAGAUGAUGGCAAUGUUGUUAGCGACAGUGGACCUGUGCAUCCCUGGAUUCGGCUCUGGCUGAGCGUCUGGCUGCUGCUGCUGAUUACCACCCGUUCGUUCACCCUCAGCUCCCACGUGCUCCACGUUGCACGACGCCCAAGCCUCUGGCUGCAGCCGCUGCUUGCGUACGCCCGCCCCACGGCCAUCAUGGCCAAGCACUCGCUGCGCAUGACCUGGGCAGCCGACUCCUUCCGCACGCGGAUGCCGGGCAUCUUGGGCGUGGUGACGUGUCUCCUCGAUGCGCUUGCGUUCGUGUUCGUGCCGCGGCUGCUGCUUGCGCUGGCCUACGCCCCAUACGCACUGCCGCCGCUGCUGUCGCCCCGGGUACACCUGCUGGCAACGGCUGUCGUGGCUGCUGUCGUCGUGUCCUCGGCAGUCACACCGCCGCCUGCACCGGCACUGUUCGACCCCACGCAACACGCCAUCCCAUGGCUGAUGCCUGCGUCAGUUCUCUUCAGCAUUGUUCGCACCGUGGCUGCCUCGUGCACGCCUUGGCCCAUAUCUGGCGUGGCCGGCGCAGAGGCUGCAGCUGCCACCACCAUGAUCGUGGGCCUGUUUGGGCACACGCUCGUCUCCAUUGGCGUGUGCUUCCUGCCGCUGCUUGCGAUGGCUGUGGCGGCUGCAUGCUCCGUCUACCACGCUGCCCCAUAUCUUGCGACAUGGCUCACAACACUUGCUGCGGCCACUGCCACCACAACCCCCACCAUGGCCUCUCUCUCCCCCUGGCUGCCGCAAGCCAUCACCACUUGUGCAGCUGCACUUGAAUCACUUGCCACGUCUACCCCACCAUCAUCGCCAUCAUCACCAUCGUCGCCCACAGCGGCGUUUGUGCUCCUGGGCUUGGUGCCACUCGCUGUUGGCUGGACGGCUGCACGCGCCCUCACGCAUGUCCGCAUGCGCCGCCUUGUGCCCUGGUUUGCAUUCCUGGCCGCUGUUGUUGCCACAGCCCACUUAUCUUCGCCAGCUGUCCACCAGCUGGUCAACUUUCCCGUUGUCGUCACCAACGCUGUUGUGGACAACCCAACUUUUGCGGCGCCGCUCGUGUGUCCGCAGCCUUCCUCGCGCGUGCCAGCUCCACCACCAUCAGUCGCCCUCACCAACCUUUGCCUCUCGCUGGCAUGCGGCAAUACCACGCACCUCAUGCACGCUCACCGCUUCCCACACGCCAGCGCCACUAUGGACAGGCGCGGGGAUGCAUCGUCGCCCAUGCACGCGUGCGCACCGUCAGCAGCCUCGUGGUGCCGUAGGCUAGUUGACAAUGCAAGAGUCUUGACCAUGCUUGAUGCUGGCGCGUGCGAUAUUUUUCUUCGCUCGUUCCUCUCCCUCGUCGCCUCCGCCGUCAUUGCCCUCUGGUGGUCCAAAAACCAGGACACAAGUAUUCAACUCUCCACGGCAUUUCUCAGCGCUUUUACGCUCAGCAUGCUGACCCAACGACCCAUCGGAACGUCCUUCCUGUUCUUCUACUUCUUCCAGUCAUUUAUCGCUGUCCGCAUCACGCAGGUCGCCGCAUUUCUCCUGUUUGAUGCGUGACAUCUGCACUGGGCUUUUUGGCUUUAAAGGCGCACAAACGGAUUGCGUAUGCGUGAUUGUCAACAAGGCGCAUGCGUGAAUGCGUUUCAGAUGUGUAUUGGUGAUAACGAUGCACACACGCUGUAACAACAACGACGCACACGUUUCUCCGCUCAGUAAAUGCU